AAGGCGAAAAAUCUAGUACGUAGGUCUAUAUCAUGAUUCAUUUCCAUAUGAAGUGGAGAAAUAUAAGCUAACAAGACCUAAAACAACUUAAUCAUAUAGUUUUUCAUAUUUUCAAAAAGGCUUCAAAAUACGAAUCAAAAGUGAUAAGAGAAAAAAGAAAAAAUUAAAAAAAAAUUAAAAAAAUAAAAGAAAAUCCCUAAAAACUGCGAGCGAGCGUGUUGUUGUUAUAGAGAGGAGGAAGAAGAAGAACAAGAACAAGAACAAGAAACAGUGAUAUCGAACGGCAUGAACGACGACGACGAUACUAACAAUAUUAACAGUUGUAGUGGAUUUGAUAACAAUCGUAUCGGAGACGGAGACGGAGACGGAGACUGUAAUAUCAAUCAGAUCAGUCAAGUAUGGGGAACGUGGGAGGAGUUGGUGUUAACAUGCGCCGUUAAGCGUCAUGCUUUUACCGAUUGGGACUCCGUCGCUAAAGAUGUUCAGUCUCGUUCCCGGAGUUCUCUCAUCGCCUCCGCCGUCAAUUGCAGGCUUAAGUAUCAAGAUCUCAAACGUAGGUUCAAAGAUUCCGUCGACGGCGGAGAAGGAAACAGAGAAGCAGCGGUGGCGGCGGCGGAGGAGGAUGAUGAAGUCGGUGAAAUCCCUUGGCUCGACCAGUUACGGAGUCUUCAUGUUGCAGAGCUCCGGCGAGAGGUUCAACGACGUGACGACUCUAUAUUGUCGCUUCAGUUAAAAGUUAAGAAAUUAGAGGAGGAGGAGGAGAAAGACGGAGAUGAUGGAGACAAUAAACCAGAUCUGGGAAACGACGAAACUAAACCGGCGAAGCUUAACCGGGAAACGACGGAGUCUGACCGGGACGACAAUAGGUCGAUGAACGAGUCCAACUCUACGGCCUCCGUCGAUAAAGUCGCCGAUCACGACGGAGAUAAAAUGGUUGAGGCUUAUUCAGAUCCCGAUCCGGUUAACAAGGCGGCGGCGCCGAAGGAGGAGGAGAAGGAAGAAGAAGAAAAAACGGUUAGUAAAAGAUCGGAAAUGAGCAACUCGGGAGAGUUGGAUGAAUCGGGAACGUCCACUGGUCAUGGAAAUAGGAAAGGACAGAAGAAAUACAGAAGCGGCGGAGGUGGCGGUGAGAUCAAAUCGGCCGGCUAUAAAUCACAGCCGUUGAUAGAUAUCAUUAAGCUGAUCCGGUCUCAUCCUCGUGGUUCCGUGUUCGAAUCCCGUCUUAGGAGCCAGGAGACAAAGGAUUACAAGAGGAUUAUAAGGCAGCAUUUGGACAUGAAGACAAUAGAGAAGAAGUUGGAGAAAGGAUCUUACGCUUCUUCAAGUCUCUCAUUCUACAGAGACCUCAAGCUUCUCUACACAAAUGCCAUUGUCUUCUUUCCUCCAUCUUCCUCCGAAUCCUUGGCUGCACAAGAGCUAAGAUCCCUCGUCUCUAACGAAAUUAAGAAACGAACCGGAAUAUUGGGUCACGGUGUCAUCAAAUCCGAGGCUGGAUCGUCGGUUUCUAGACAAAAAUCCUCUGUUCUUCCUCUGGUUGCCUGUAAGAAGAACAGCUCAUUUUCGAAAAAGACGUCUCCUUCUUCUAGCUUUAAACAAAAAGAUGAGAAGAAAUCUCAGGAAGUUUCAGAGGAGAAGACUGUGACUACUACAACUAGUGCAAGAAGCUCUAGGAGAACGAGCAAAGAGGUCGCUGUUGUUGCCAAAGAUACUAAAAUAGGAAGAGCCAAGAAUAAUAAUAAGAAACAAAAGGCUACGAAAACAGAUUCAUCUAGUGAUGAUGAUGAUGAUGAGAAAGAAGAGACUCCUAAAACAGCGAAGAAGACAGUAGCGAUACCAUCGGAUAAGAAGAAGAGUGUGGCUGAUUUCUUGAAGAGAAUAAAGAAGAACUCUCCACAGAAAGGAAAAGAAACAGCAAGUAAAAAUCAGAAGAAGAGCGAUGGAAACAUUAAGAAAGAAAACGAUCAUCCGAAGAAGAGCGACGGAAAUGUUAAGAAAGAGAACAGUAAAGCAAAACCAAGGGAGUUGAGGAGUAACAGUACGGGUAAAAAGAAGGCUGAGGUAGAGAACAAUAAUAGUAAGAGUUCGUCGAAACGAAAACAACCGAAAGAAACAGCAGAGCCUACAGGAAAACGAGGUAGGGAGUCUGGAAAAGACAGUAAACAGCCAAAGAAAAGAACCAGAAGAUGAAACUGAAUUCGUAUGUGGUUAGGUAUUUGUACAUUUGAUGUGCCAGAAGUAUUCAUCAUUAAUCUUUAAUUAACAUGAGUGUUUUGGAAGGAAUCAUAGGUCUUGUUAGGUUUUUAUUCUCAUAGUUACCAGUUUAGUUUUCAUUUAACAUGUGGUUUCGUUAGCGGGUAUUAUGGCUAUAGACAUGGUGUUGUCUUCA